UUUUGUCGUCAGUCCAUUGCUACUGUCGGUAACUUGUGUUAGUCAAGCGGGUAAGUCACAGAUCUGGGAUUUGUAGAGAAAAUCUGCCAAGUUAAAUCACGAUAACGCUAAGAUUUGAGCUUUAAUUUAAAAAAUAAAAAAAACUGUCAAAAUAAUAUGUAACAAAGUAGUCAUUUGAAAAAUACAUUCUAUAUCUAUUUACAGGAAGUUUAUGAAUGAAAAAGCAAAACGAGGUAUGUGGAAGCUUGAAUAAGAUAACAGGACAAAAAACAAGGACGUUUCGGCAUAAAGCCUUCCUCAGCCAACAGUAGAAAUGAAAAUAUAACAAAAAAACAGAGCACAGUAGACAACUCAAGAAGUAUCCUUUGGUGUCGCCGGAACCACUUCCACAUUCAAGCUUCCACAUACCUCGUUUCGCUUUUUCAUUCAUUUACUAAGCUUCAAAGUAGUCCUUUCAUUUAUAUUUACAGGAAGUUUGCAGAAGAUUGGAGCAAAAAUGCUGAGUUCUCUUUUCGUCGUUGUCAUUGCCCUUGGGGCCGUGGCGGCUCAGACUUACCAGGCGCCCACCUACCCCAACCCAGGCAACCAGGCUAAGCCCCAGGCUAGCAACCCUCCAGCCAGCAACCCACCAGCCAACAACCCACCAGCCAACAACCCACCAGCCUCUAAUGCCCCAACUUAUAAGCCAUCAGCCGCCAACACCCCCGUCUACAACGCCCCCGGCUACAACGCCCCCGGCUACAACGCCCCCGGCUACAACGCCCCCGGCUACAACGCCCCCGGCUACAACGCCCCCGGCUACAACGCCCCCGGCUACAACUCAACCCCCCAGCCAACAACCCACCAGCCAACAACGCACCCGCCAACAACCCACCCGCCUACAACGCCCCCGCCUACAACGCCCCCGCCUACAACGCCCCCGGCUACAACGCCCCCGGCUACAACGCCCCUGGCUACACCGCCCCAGCAAGCUAUCCAAAGCCUUCUUACAACAACGGACAAGUUUAUGCAGGCAGAAAUGUGAACGCUGAGGUCGAAGAAGCUAGGAGACGUAUUGGCGGUGAGUACUCUAUUGCGUUCACUGAUUGGUUGACCUAUGACCUUUGAACUACGCCACGGCGUCUCAUUGAACACACUAUAAAUCAAUUAUAUUUAAAGUGUGUUGAAUAUAAAGCUGUCGUCAGAUAGGGACAGUUCGCUGAAAUUGGCAACGUGCUCCGCUACAGCAGCGCCAACGUUAUUGUCAGUACAUUGGUAAGCACUUAGUCAAAUGUUAAAUCACACUUUCAAAAUAUGAAGCUGUAUUCCUCUUGAAGUCACGAACUGAAGAAGGAAAAAAAAAACAUUGGUCAAUAGUGUUCGUCUUUUCUUUUCGGUGCUGUUACUUUCGGCGCCUGGUGUAUUCCCUUUAGUUCACAGAAACGUCAUUUGGGUAGGGUUGAGGUUGGGCAUUUGCCCCCUCCUCAAUUUACAGAUUUUAUGUAAAUUGCUAUGUACAGUGGCGCCUCCAGUAACAAACAACUUAACAAGCCAACCAAGUUUUGGUUCCCCCCCUCCCCCGGCUGAAAAAUCCUGAAAUGACGCCCCUGACGGUUAUCCAUCAUGGCGUCAGAAGUUUCCCCAUCAUAAUAUGAUGGCAUUCCCCAUCAUAACGUUUCAUCAUUCGCCAGCCGAAAAAUAUUUUUAAAAAUCAACUAAAAAGACUCCCCAGGAUAACCUUACCACAGCAGUUCACCAUUAUCCUAAACAUACGGUGAAACACCUUUUUGAAUUGUAUCAAACACCCACACUUUAAUAUACUUGAUAACAUUUCAAACACCACCCCCCCCCCCCCCCCCCCCCCCCACCCACCCCCACCCACUAUUUCAGAUCUCGAGCAGUAUGUAAUCACAUUAUCGGGCGUGGCUGAUGACGUCACCAGCAAAGUCAAGCUAGUUACCGCCUUCGCAGCCGAGUUCCAGAACAAAAUCUACCCCACCAUUCAAGACUACUCCAAGGCGCAAGACAAAAAGAUCGCCAGCUUUCGUGCCCAGGUGAGACUACAGUAAAGCUUUUCUGUUUUAACAUUUGAUGAGAAGAUUUUUUUGAUUUUUUGGAGGUAGGGGGUGGUUGGGGGUAAUGAACGACAAACAGUGUUCAAAGAUAUGCUCAUGUUUAUGUUGGAACACAUACAUAAUUUUACAUCCACGGUCUCCAAGAGACACAACGGUGUAUUUUCGCUGGAGUGAACCAGGCGAAACCAUGAAGCCAGUAUGCGAAUGUCUUUUAUGGAGAAUCAAACUGAGAGACGACACCAAGUCGGCAUAUCUCAAAUGUCUCCCAAGAGAACGCGUUAUAGUUGAUACAGCUUGGCCAGAGGGGGCGAAUCAAGAGUUGCCGGGGCGCCUAUUAUGGAUUUUUGUGUCGGGUCUACUCCAAUAGUCUUAACCAGGGGGUGUAUGCCGGUGCAGGGGCGGCAAAGGUUGCUAGUUUGAGGUUUCCUGCUAGUAAAUGAGCCCCCAUCCGCGGUAGACGAAUCCUACAUGUUUAAUGUAUGAUAGAUGUGAGGGCUAUCUGUUAAACUUCAGAAGGGCAUUUUAACCUACAACGAUCUUCUUCGACGUGUUCAUAUAUGUCGAGACUUACACCCCUGUAUAACUUAAAUCUACACACCUUAACCUGACAAAACUGUUUAUAAUUCUAUAUUAUAUGAUUUAACACGUCCAUGUCAAAACAUACAACUCUAUAUAACUUUAUAUGCUAUGAUUCAAUGUGUCCAGAUUGAAGAGCUCAGAACACUCCAAGAUGACGUCGCAGAACUCUCCAGUAAAGUUGAUGACAUCGCCAAGACCUUGGCCGCCAACAGAGAGCGCAGAAGCGUCAUUGCUGGAGAAAUCAGUCGCCUUGAUGACACGGAUGUGGCCCAGAACCUUGCAAUCGGCAAACUAGAGACACUGGUGGGGCUUUAGUCAGAUAGAGACACUGGUGGGGCUUUAGUCAGAUAGAGACACUGGUGGGGCUUUAGUCAGAUAGAGACACUGGUGGGGGCUUUAGUCAGAUAGAGACACUGGUGGGGGCUUUAGUCAGAUAGAGACACUGGUGGGGUUUUAGUCAGAUAGAGACACUGGUGGGGCUUUAAUCAGAUAGAGACACUGGUGGGGCUUUAGUCAGAUAGAGACACUGGUGGGGCUUUAGUCAGAUAGAGACACUGGUGGGGCUUUAGUUAGAUGAGACACUGGUGGGGCUUUCGUUGCCUUUGGUCAGAUAGAGCCACUGGUGGGGCUUUAAUUCACUUUGGUCAGAUAGAGAUACUAGUGGGGCUUUAGUUGACUUUGGUCAGAUAGUGCCACUGGUAGGACUUUAGUAUAUAAUAUUUUUAAAAGAUAAUAAUAUAUAUAGAUGAAAUAAGACCUAAAAAAUAUUUGUUUCCUUUUACUAAAGGUCAAAUCUGAAGGCGACCGCCUGGCUGAGGCUGCUAAUAAGGUGAACAAUAAUAAGGCCAAGGCCAGCGACAUCUCUGACAAUUUGGACAAAGCUGUCAAGGUCUUCAACUAUGAGCAAGGUCAACCAUUAUUCCAAUGUUUCACUCCUGUCUUUCUUCCUCCUCUUCCACCACCACCACACCUUCACCCCCCCCCCCAAAAAAAAAUAUUUUAAAAAAAAAUAAUAAUAAUAAUUUUAGAACCCCCACAUUCAUUAUCUUUCAUAUUUGGACAUUUAUUUUUAUUAGCAUUGUUGAAAUAAGUUCUCGGGGUGAUUUUUAAAAUGAUUUCAUUGCCUCAGUAAUCUUGGACAGUCGGGUACAAUCAAUGAAUUCAUUUCUCAACUGUUUCCCUCUCGACUCACUGCAGAUCACACAGUCCGUUCGUUAGUAAAACAUCUGUUUAGUUCUCUUAUUGGAACGCGGCAUUUUUUUAUGUCUAGGUACCAGCUUCACUGUGACAGUCUCGUCUGCCAAACCAAGCGUCGUCUACACCUUCACAUCAGCUUUCCCCGCUGUUCCCGAUGUCCAAUGGGGUAUCAUUGGAGCAACCAUUGAGGACCUUCCAAGCGGCAAUGAUUACAAGGCAGACAAAUCCUACGGCUCACAGGGCAAUUACAAGUCGGACAACUCCUACGGCUCACAGGGCAACUACAAUGAUGAAUCUAUCAAUGGGCGAGUCAAUGUAAGUCCUGGAAACACUGCAUGCGAUUUAUAUUGCUAAAGUAAAGACACAAAGUGUAAGGCAAUAUCAGGUGUAGUCCCCAAUGUGUAAAGCAAUAUGAGGCGUACUCACCCAUCGUAAGGUAAUAUCAGGUGUAAUCAACGAUCGUAAGGUAAUAUCCGGUGUAAUCAUCUAAUGUAAGGUAAUAUCAGGUGUAAUCAACCAUCGUAAGGUAAUUUCAAGUGCCAUCAACCAUCGUAAGAUAUUAUGUUAAAUCUAAGUUAUGUUUCUUAUUUUUAAAUUUGAUUUGUUUUCCCAAUUAUUUUUUUUUAAGUUUUCAAUUUUAAAAAAAUGUUAUUUACCUUCAAAGACAAAAGAUCGCUUUUAAAUAAUGUGCUAUUGUGAUAAGAUUCGAACAAUUGUAGAACUAUUCAAGACUGGCUUCCCUUUCGUGUUGCUUAGGUUACCGCCAGCGCUACAGGCGCCACCGUCAGCUUGGUGGACAACAGUGACGGCUUCCAGAUCUCAAGCUUCAGAGUAAGAGUAACCGCGACCCUCAUCGACAGUGGUUACCUCGAGUACACCAGCAAAGCCACCACCUACUACUAGGAUAUGUUGCGACGAUGGUGACAUCUUGUGGAUCGUAUCUUAGGAAAACUAGCGAU